AAAACAAAAUUAAAGCAGUUCUAACCAAUCGCGGACUGUGGGAUUGCACACGCUGAAGUGUACUGAAAACAGGAAGAACGACUCUGACAGCGGCCGGGUCUAAACGUAUGUUUGAAACAUGAAGAAAAUCAUCGUGAGCAAAUUUACUCUGCUGUUUUUCUGCACUUUGUGCUGUGCACCUUGCUGGGCCGAGAGGACCGCCGGGCUCAACCAUCGAUUUCGGAGACAAGAUGGUAGUAAUCGGAAUAAAGAGCAACCCGUCGAGAUCCGAUGCUCUAAGGGUGAACAAUUCAACAACAUAAAAAAUGAAUGUGAGCCCUGCCCAGAGGACACGUACAUGGAGGAUGAACACAUCGGUGAAAAAUGUUUAAACUGUGACAAAUGCGAGGCAGCUGCUUUACUGGAAGAGGAGUCACAGUGUACUAAAACUCAGAACAGGAAGUGCAGAUGUCAAGAACAUUCAUACUGUCCCAGUCCACCUUGUAAACAGUGUCACCGUUGUAAAACUUGUGAAGGCCGUGUUGCCCAAACAUGUACAAGAACUAACGAUACAGUCUGUGGAGAACGAGGUUCGACUUCAGUGAUUGCUCCAGUUAUAAUUACAUGUAUAGUACUGCUUUUAAUAGUUGGUAUUGGAAUUCUGUGGAAGAAGAGACUAUACUGUUUUGGUAAUCGCAACAAAAGGGAACAUCAGAACAUGGAACAAGAAAAUAGAGAGAAUCUCCUGAACGCACCAGAACCAGGUGUUAACCUGGAGCCAUUCUUGUACCAGAUUGCUGACAGAGUUGAACUGAAAUACAUUAAGCAGCUGGCAUUGGAGAGUGGAAUAACUCCGGCUAGGGUGCAGAUGAUCAUGUUAAACGAUCAACACGACGCGAGAGAGCAAGGUGUUAAUCUUUUGAAGGAGUGGAAUCAGAGGCGAGGGCUUGCCAAUGCCUUUCCUGAUCUAAUUGAACAGUUAAGAAAGAUGAAGCUGAACAAAGCUGCAGAUGAGCUGCAGAGUAUAAUUGAGAAACAUCAUAGCUCCAUAUAGUUUUCUUUCACCAUCUUUGCAGAAAACACAGUUGUACAGGCACCUUAGCUGUUACCAUUGUUAAAAAAAAACUAUAUUUGUAUAUAGCUUUGUGUCUUAGCUUAGAAUAAUGGAUUAUUAGUGAUUAAUGAUGUGUAAUAAAAUGAUUUCAUUAUUUUUUUGGAACUUCUGAAUUUACAAGUGCCCCCUGGGGGCUUGAAAGAGAUGGGCUCAUUACAUCAAUGAAAAAAUCUAUUAUGCAGAGGUCAGGUAACACUUCUGAGAAAGGACUCCAGGAGGUGCUGUUGUCAAAUAAUUUGCCUGGAAAGUCCCAAGUGUGCACCCGGCACAAACCAGACCUUACUUAGUUUGAAGAUGAAAAAGGUCCCUUUUUCAUGUCUUCUGCAACAUGUUAUACAAAGUAAAUGUAAAAGAGCUUAAUUGAAAGGAGAAGUUCAUAAUUGAAUUUAUGAGGAUGACGCUAGGAUGGGUGCCAUGAAACAAAAUGAACUGCAAAAUUCAAAAUGUCCAUAGCUGAGGAGAUGUAAUAUGACAGUAACGCUCCCCUUGUGCAUCGAUCGACUUCUGCAGGUCAUACUACAGGUGAAGGGCUGGAACAGCACAAACAUAUGAAGCAUCUUUAUUUAGGCUCUGCACCCUCUGGAAAUGAGUGUUCAAUGCAUGAACAAGUGGAUGCUGGUGUGCCAGGAGCCUGGUUUCCAAAAUUAGAUGAACAUUUGAUUGCUGAGAGUCCUUUUAAUGGAGGGAACUGACAAUUAAAGAGUGCUUAUUGGAGAUACACCUCUACUGGCUAUGUUUAACUGCCUUAGAAGCCAGAUAGUCCCCUGUAUCAGAGAGUUUCAAGGUUGGCAGUGUUACCAGCAGGACUGAGAUAUUGGGUACUGAAAAGGUGGCAGGAGCUCCGGUGGUGAACCAAGCAGAAGCACAGUGCAGCGCAGGUGAGAGGAGAGGGGCAUCAUCACCCUCACAGCAGCAGCGCUGGAGAGGCAGGGAGAGAGCAUGAUCCAUCCACAGCAAGUGACAGGUGUGCCACAAGGUCUGGACACUGGAGCUGUAAUCUCUUUCUCAAGAGCCUCACAACUCUACAUCCUUGGACAGGCAGAGAAAUAAUUAUGGAACUCUGGUAGUGUGAUCGCUCAGUAUAAUGGUAUCUGGUUUGGUAUCUGUACAGAGGAUUGAUUUUUUUUUCCUGGAAAAAACUACACAUCUUACUGUGGUAACUUUUUUCCACUAAAUACUAUAGAUAAAUUCUGUAAAUAAAUCCUGUUGCCUUUUAUUUAAAUAAUACAGUAGUUACUCUCACUUCCCCUUCUCAGACGAGACAGGCACUGUGGCAACUCUUUCAUGUCAGAACAGAUAUCUGAUGACGUUCCUGCGCUGCGUGUUCAUUUGUUCAUUGCUUGCAUCAUCACUAGAUCUUGUGACCUAAAAAAUAACUGUCAAUUUUCCACAUGAAAUGGCACUUAAAUUGUAUUUUACAAUUGUACCAUAAUUAUUUUAUACAUUUACUAAGUUGUAUUCCUAACCUAUUAAUAGACAACUAUCACUGA